AACGUCCUCUUAACCAGACCUCUUCCUCUUAUUCGUCGAAGGCGGUGGUUCGAAGUUCAAAUCGGCGGGAUCUGGUGUGGUGCGUUCUCCCAACAGGGCCUCUUGAAUCGCGAUCCCUCUGAAAUCCAAGGUCUUCCCGAUUUCAGAUUCCGAUGCUAGGGUCAGUUGUUGUUUGUCGGACUUGUUAUUCUUUGUACGUGAAUUAUUCGCAAUCUGGAGGCAUUUGGAUAUCAAUCACAUGGAGAGAGAAACACAGGGAGAUGGAUCCAAAUUCAGUUAAAUCAACCCUAUCUAAUUUAGCAUUGGGAAACGUAAUGGCAGCAGCAGCUCGUGACUACCAAAAAGAACUGUUAGCUCAAGGAAAAGCACAGGCUUCCACAUCAGUUAAUCAGGAGGUUGAUCUUGAUGAAUUGAUGGAUGAUCCUGAGCUGGAAAAAUUGCACUCUGAAAGAAUUGCUGCUCUAAAGAAAGAAGCUGAAAAGAGACAAACAUUGAAGAACCGGGGACACGGGGAAUAUAGAGAGGUUACUGAAGGGGACUUCUUGGGUGAAGUUACUGGGAGUGAAAAAGUGAUAUGUCACUUCUACCAUCGGGAAUUCUAUCGAUGCAAGAUAAUGGACAAGCAUUUGAGGCCCCUUGCACCAAAGCAUAUUGACACCAAGUUCAUCAAGUUAGAUGCAGAGAAUGCGCCUUUCUUUGUUGCCAAACUUGCAAUAAAAACCUUGCCUUGCGUUGUAUUGUUCAGGAAUGGAGUUGCAACAGAUAGGCUGGUUGGGUUUCAGGACUUGGGGGGAAAAGAUGAUUUCACCACAAAGACUCUCGAGGCUCUACUAACAAGAAAAGGUAUUAUUAGCGAAGGUAAAAGAGAUGAAGAAGAUGAGGAAGAGGAUUAUAAUGAAAACAAACGCCAGACAGUAAGAUCGUCGUCCUCUGUGAAUAUAGGUUCUGAUUCUGACUGAAGAAGAAGGUUAACUGUUAUGUAUUGAUUAUUAGUUGCCUUCCAAAUGUGUACUCACUUGUGUUGUACCACCACAUUUGUCUAUGUGUCUUUACCAUUUAGACCCCUUCAUCAUCUAAUUGUUUUUAUAAAGAGAAGAAAUCUGGAGUUUCACUCAAGAACUUUGUCGAAAUUUGGCCUUAUCUUCAGCUUUUGUAUUGCGAACCUAAAUUUAACCAUCUAGGCGGUGGUUUCCCCUCCUAUUCAAUGUAGGUGGCUUUGCUAGGGGGUGCCAUAAGGCCUGUUUGGAUGAAAGGAAGUGACACAAUGGCACCGAGCUUUACCUCA